UACUAAACAGGAUGGAUGGGAUUUAUGACUGAACACAUGGAAGAAAUAGAGACAGAAAAAACUUUGACACAAACCUUUUUGGAAGGAUGGGCUCUAUUCAAAGAUAUUACCAACAGUGAUGAGCCUUCGAAUUCUAAUAAAUACAAAGCUGAACUGAAGAGAUGCCAAAAGGUAUUUAUUCAAUGUACCCAUAUGGUGAACCAGUUGCUUUUAUUUAGUCCUAAUGAAAUCAUAGAUGAAGUUUCCACUGGGAAUAUAAAGUUUCUGUUAUUGCCAGCAUUUUUGGGUGAUAUAUACCUCAAAGAAAUAUCUGAUGACAGAAAAUCCAGUCUAGAUAAUGCUUUAAUUUAUUUUCGGGAUUAUUUAAAGCGAUGCCACGAGUACAUGGUUGUCCCAAAUGACUUAUCUAGUUAUUAUCUGAAGAGUGCAGAAAGUCCAAAUCAGCAAAGUAGAAACAUAAAUGACGUGAACAAAGCCAGACAGCAAAAGAUACAGAGAUAUAAAGAAAAUAAGAUAAUCGCUUCCAGGAUAGACAUAAUCGAAAGCCGGCUAAAAAAAGAUAAAAAUUCUGUUGAUGAUGAAACUGUUCGUAGCUUUUACUUAGACUGGUUAAAAUUAUGGAUAAACAACGCCAUAGAGAAUAUUGCAUCUAUAAACUCUGAACUUCCCAUUCUAGAACAUAUGAGUAAAAUUAAAAAGGGGGAAGUAAAGCCUCCUGAAGAGAAAAAAAAGUUGGAACCUAUGAAACCUAUUUUAAUUACCAGAGAAAUGCUGCAAAAAGAAGUUUUUGGUGCAGGAUAUAAAAGUCUGCCUACAAUGACUGAAAACGAAUACUUUGAAAAAGAAUUACGAGAAGGUAAAAUCAUUCAAGAAUAUGAAAAAGAAGCAAAUGCGCCUGAGAAAUCUGAUGAACACUCGUCUGAUGAAGAUGAUGAAAAGCUGAAGAAGGCAAGAGAUUGGGAUGAUUGGAAAGAUACACAUAGAAGAGGCGAAGGAAACAAGGAACGACACGGUUAACAUUUUUUAACAAGAUUUCGCAGGUGGCUGUUGGUUUCAGCAAAAAGAUAUGGUUAGUUGGUUAAUGGUUUUUGCAAGAACUUCAUAUAUCUUAGGUCUUGCAAAUAUAUGUAUAUAUUUGAAAAUUUAUUUCUUGUAUGCAUAUUGUGAAUCUAAGAAGUCAAAGGCAACAGUGUUUUAGCACUUUUUUGUUUGAAAUAAAACCAAAUAUUGUAUGCUGCCACACUUUGUCAACGUUAAGUCAAGUUUUAUAUCACUUUUAAAAGAAAUUAUCUUGUACUUUAUACUUUAGCAUGUUUUACCCUUUAAAUAUGCGUGACUUUAUUUUGUGCAUGUAGAGGUUUUUUAUUGGUACCCUGGAUCGGAAUUCGAUUACUCUAAUCUCUCCAUUCUUCACUUCCUUGCUAUUUAGAGCAGUUAUUGUUGAAUUUCGAUGAACUUAUCUAGAAGCAGUUCACUCGAAUCCUUAAGGAUUUUUAAUGAUUCGUCAGUCUUUUAAAUCGAACACGUCGAAUCGUUUUUGUUUGUUUGUUUGUUUGUUUGUUUUUUAACUUAUAUAUAACUUAAAUACUUUUAACUUAAAUAUACCAGACUUUUGUAUAUAGGUAAAAAACUACUACUGUUAACUAUUAAUAUGAAACGAUAACACCAUUAUUAGACAGGUGAAAGAUGUGACUUGCUGAAAUUGAAUUACAAUUAUAUAUGUUUGAAGAAAAAUUAGUUGCAGCUUCGUUGUGUGUGUUUAUGUAUGUUCUCUUGGCAAUCGCCCUUGGAUUUUCAAACAGUGUCUAUUGUAUAAUGUUUUCCAUUUGAUUUAGAGUAUUUUGUGUAUAAAUAUGCAUCUUCAUGCAAAAAAAUCUGACAAAUUCACCA